CGCAUUUUGUCGAUCGAACGAGUCACUGACUCGCCGUCUCUAUGGACUGGCUGGCUUCCCCUCUCAGUCUGCGAUUCCCUCGGUCAAGGUCAGCAGCAAAAGGCCCCAUCCGAGAAGAGCAAGUUGAGGCCCAGCAGAGGCGCAGCUUACCACGCAGGAAGGAGUACGGUAGGACGAGAGCGAAACAAGAUCGGCCCUCUGCCCACUGAGAGUCCUUGCACGUGGUUCAUUGCUGCUUUCUCGCCCGCAGCGGACAACAAGAGCGGAGCUUUCGGUCCAUGGGGAUCAUUGCAUGGUUCAGUCUCUUCAAGUUCAAUUGGCUGCGCAGAUGUAGGACCUGCGGCGUGCGCGGCUCCAAGUGCCUGUGCCGCCGGCCGUCACUAGCGCUCGAGCACAUUUUCUUCCUCGAGGAGCGUAAGAAUAAGUUCGGCGCGCGCAACUUCAGCCACGUGAGCGACACCAUGAUGACGUCCAAUAGCACCAUGUUCGCCAGCAGCACGGCUGGCACGGGCCCGGCUAGCAGCCUCAGCGGAUCUACAGUCGUCAUGCGUGGCGCUGGGUCCUUUAUCGACGGUGAAGUGAACCCGACAGACUACUACUACCAGACAGGGCCGCCUGUCAACAGCACGGACGGCAAUGGCGAGCUCCUGACACCCCGUAUGGACCAGAAGACGGAGAAUCAGUUCCGCACUCACGGCCAGAACAAAAAACAACGUAGCGUUGGCCACGGGAACUCCAAGGUCGCAGGCUCAGCCGACGUGCCUCCUACCGCCCUCGUCCGCAAGUACUCUGGACGUAUGAUGUCCAAGGCAAGACACAAUGGAGACAAGAACAUGCAGCCGCCUAUCAAGGAAGUCGUAACGGGAGAAUACAUCCUCUACACAGAAGAAAACAUCCCCGUCUCGCUGCCACACCGUCAGCAGCAGAAGCAGAUCGUGCCGCGCAACCGGAGACGGUCGCGUGCACAGAGCAACAAGAGUAUUAAGAUGAACACCCUCCCACAACACAAGGAGGAGCCUGGUGUCUCAUUCCAGUUCUACGGCCGCAGCGGGCCCCCCGCCCCACCCGCUGCUGCCAUCAUGUCGUCCAACCGGAGCGCUAGUAUGCGAAGCAGCUGCAGCACCAACGACUCGUUCAUUAUGGGCUCAAGCUCCGUCUCGUCCACGCGUGUGUCCCAGUAUUCGGACCGCGUGAGCCUCGAGACGAACUUUGGUUCGUUCAACCCGCAGUCCAACCUCACCAACACGGGACGCUUCAUCGACAGCGGCUACACUCCGAGUAUCCAGGAGGACGAGGCUCUGGAGCAACUCAAUGGCUGGCUCCAUGCGUCAUCCGUGUCGACACAGGGCUCCUUCAUGUUGUCGCGAUAAUUGUGUGCUUGUGAGAAUUCAAGAGGAAAAGGCGAUGCUUGCCCAUUUUGGAUGGAACAAGAUGGAGACGGCGGAAAUCGGACGGCGCGCUCUUCUUCUCAGCUAUUAGACAACCGAUUGAGUGUAUGGAAGAAUACCCGUGCGUGCUGCGGAGUCUAUUAAUUUAAUACUAUUGUGCGUGAUGUUGAAUUGAAGCAAGG